AUGAAUGCUGGAAGCAGGAGAAGCCAUUGCAUCUACAUGUUUACUAUUCAGAAAGAAGCAACAAAUGAGAAAAGGUUUCAUAUUUCCUUGAAGAAUUUACAGCAAUGGAAUGAAACCUAUCUACAUUAUCAUAAAGUUGAUACAAAGCAAACAUAUUAUUUAUCCAUGGAGUUUCGUCAAGGGCGAGCAUUGACUAAUGUCAUUGCGAAUUUUGAUAUUCAAGAUGCAUAUUCUAGUGCUUUGAAUAAAAUGCGACAUGAACUUGAAGAAAUCACUGAGCAGGACCAAGAUAUGACACUUGGGAAUGGUGGUUUAGGUAGACUUGCAUCUUGCUUUUUGGACUCCAUGGCAACUUUAAACCUACCAACAUGGGGGUAUGGUUUAAGGUACAGGUAUGGCCUCAUCAAACAGUGCAUUUCUAAAGCAAGGCAAGAAGAAAUAGCAGAAGAUUGGCUCGAGUUUAGUCCUUUGGAAGUUGUCAGGCAUGAUGUUGUGUUUCCUAUCAGAUUCUAUGGUCGUGUUGAAGUCCUCCCUACAGGAUAUCUGCUGCUGAGCUACAUGCUAGAGCUCAACAGGACAUUAUUUCAAGAUUCAAGGAAAGAAAAGAAGGAAGAAAACGGGAGUGGUCAUAGUUUCCUACAAAGGUUGCAGUGCAACUGA